AAUUGAUUAAAAUUUGUAAAAUAUGUCAAGACAAUGGAGGGAGUAUAUAAGUAUUAAGAUUCAGGAAAACAGGGCAAACCCUAGGUUCUACAAGCUAGAACCUGAAAAUUAUUAUUGGCUAGUUUUUAGCUUUGGUUCAUCAGCAAUGGCGGUUGUGCAAGAGAAAAUCUCAAAGUCUCCCUCUUUAGAAGAUAGUAAGAAGAAAAGGAAGCGAAAGCGAAACAGAGAAGUUGAAAUCAAGGACAAAAAGAAUAAUAAUAAGAAAAACAAGAAGUUGAGGAGUGAAGAAGAUGACGAACAAGAGGAAAGGGGAAACAAUGAAGAAGAAGAAGAGGAACAAGAAGGAAAGAAGGAAGAGAUAAAGGAGAAAAUGAAUAUUGGGGGAAGUGGGAUAAUGAGCACUGAGUCAUUUGAGUCUUUGGGAUUGUCUGAACCUACUUUUAAAGCUAUUAAAGAAAUGGGUUUUCAGUUUAUGACCCAGAUUCAAGCUAGAGCAAUUCCUCCACUUAUGGUUGGCAAAAAUGUUCUUGGGGCUGCAAGGACAGGUUCUGGGAAAACCCUUGCCUUCUUGGUACCUGCUAUUGAAUUGUUAUAUAAUGUCCGAUUCACUCCUCGCAAUGGAACAGAUGUUAUUGUCAUUUGUCCCACAAGGGAGCUUGCAAUUCAGACUCAUGCAGUAGCAAAGGAUCUUCUCAAAUACCACUCUCAGACCCUUGGAUUGGUUAUUGGCGGUUCAGCCAGAAGAGGAGAAGCAGAGCGGAUUGUGAGGGGAGUAAAUUUGUUAGUGGCUACUCCUGGUCGGCUACUUGACCAUCUUCAAAAUACAAAAAGAUUCAUUCAUAAAAAUUUGAAGUGUCUCAUGAUUGAUGAAGCUGACAGGAUAUUGGAAGCGAAUUUUGAGGAAGAAAUGAAGCAAAUUAUCAAGUAUCUUCCCAAGCAAAACAGGCAAACAGCUCUUUUUUCAGCUACCCAGACUAAAAAGGUUGAGGACCUUGCCCGCUUGUCAUUUCAGACAAUUCCUAUUUAUAUUGAUGUAGAUGAUGGGAGAAAGAAGGUCACCAAUGAAGGCCUGCAGCAAGGCUACUGUGUUGUGCAUAGUUCCAAGAGAUUUAUCCUUUUGUAUUCGUUUUUGAAGAGGAACAUGUCCAAGAAAGUGAUGGUCUUUUUCUCUUCAUGCAACUCAGUCAAGUUUCAUGCUGAACUUCUUAGAUAUAUUCAUGUGGAUUGUCUUGAUAUCCAUGGAAAGCAGAAACAGCAAAAGCGAACCGCUACCUUCUUUGACUUCUGCAAAGCAGAAAAGGGCAUUUUGCUUUGCACUGAUGUUGCUGCUCGGGGACUUGAUAUACCUGCUGUGGAUUGGAUUCUGCAGUAUGAUCCUCCGGAUGAACCAAAGGAAUAUAUCCAUAGGGUUGGUCGAACUGCCCGUGGGGAAGGUGCAAAAGGAAAUGCUCUUCUGUUCCUGAUCCCAGAGGAACUGCAAUUUCUUCGCUAUCUAAAGACAGCAAAAGUUCCUGUAAAGGAAUACGAGUUUGAUGAGAAGAAACUAGCAAAUGUGCAGUCUCAUCUGGAGAAGUUGGUAGCAAACAACUAUUAUCUAAACAAGUCAGCUAAAGAUGCAUAUCGAUCCUAUAUUUUAGCGUACAAUUCACACUCAAUGAAAGAUAACUUUAAUGUGCAUCGGCUUGAUCUGCAGGCGGUUGCUGUUUCCUUCUGCUUUUCAUGCCCUCCAAAAGUUAAUCUGAACAUAGACAGCAAUGCAUCAAAAUCUAGAAAGAAAAUGCGCAAAGUUGAAGGAACCAGAAACAAUUUCAGUGAAAGCAACCCUUAUGGAAGGCAGGGAAGUGAAGCUGAAACACGGCAAUUUGUGAGGUAUUAACUAAAGUAUCAUAUUGAGAGGCCAUUUUUAAGGUAUUAGCAGAAGCAGUAGUGGUGAAUAGACACCACUUGAGUCUGCAACAAUUUUGCAUUUGUACCAAUUUUUAUAUUGAAAAUGAGUGUUUAAUAUAGCUUUAUUAGGUAAUCACUAGUCUUAUAAGUUGAAACAUGAAUACAAAUUCUUGGUUUUGAAAUGAAUCAAUAUUUAGUUGAAAUUUUAUGUAAA